AUGGCUGAUCAACGUAACAACGAUGACGGACACCAUAGUCAAAAUGAAGAUGAAGGGCCCUAUUUUGCCGAAGAUAGUAUGGAUAUCUCAGACCAAAUUGGGAGAGCUUUAGAAAAGUACACUCCUAUUCUACUCAGAAGGUUGAAUGCUACAUUAGAAGGAGCAGUGAAUAAUCACAUUGCUCAAAUAAUUAAAGAAGAAGUUGCGAUCAAUGUGCAACGAGAAAUUGAAAAGAGGGAUGCAAAGGAUAAAGGCAAAAAAAUUGAGGAUGAAAAAGAGGUUGAAGUGACGGCGGAAAGGAUCUAUAAAAAGAAGUUCACUUUCCGAGAUUUUGAAGUGUGCCAUCCACCAGAGUAUCACGGUGAUCGUGAUCCUAUCGUGUGUACACGGUGGAUAUCGGAAAUCGAAGGGGCGUUCCGCACAAGUCAAUUCCCCUCACACUUAAAAGUGAUCUUUGCGGUUGGUAUGCUAAGAAAUAGUGGGAAGAGAUGGUGGGAUGGUUUGCUAGCGAUUAAGAAGGGGGCAUUAGAUGACGUUGAAUGGCCCGAAUUCAAAGCAAUGUUUUUCAAAGAGUUUCUGUCAGAGGCCGAGGUAACCAAGUUGAGGAGUGAGUUCCUCAAUGAUUGUCAAGGUAGUUUGAGCGUAAAUGAAUUUCGGGCUCAAUUCUUGGACAAGGCACAAUUUUGUCCGGAAUUUCUAGAAAAUGAUCAAUUGCUCAAGGAGCAAUUUUACUUGAAGUUGAAGAAGAGUUUGCGGGAGAAGAUUAGUUUACGCCAAAUGGAGUCCUUCUCCAUGUUGGCGGAUGUGGCUAGAGAUCACGAAAUUGAGAUGAAAAGGGUGGAUGAUAGUGAAUUAAAAAGGAAGCAUGAAGACGUGAGCUCCCCAAACAAGAGGCCUAGACAAGAAGGGAAUUCCGGAAAUCACUUUAAUAAAAGAGCUCCAUUUUGUCGCCAAUGCAAGAAAAAUAUUCAGGGGUAUGUAGGGCGGUGGAGAAAGGUUGUUAUACUUGUGGGGAGCCAGGGCAUACUAGCCGAGAAUGUAGGUCCAAACCUCACAAGGCCGUUGUUUGUUUCAAAUGCUUUGAAGAGGGUCAUAUGA